AUGCCUAGCCGACCAGUUACUCCGGCUUCUCCACGAAAUGCUCGUGUGAAGUCGCCCACACCAGCGUCACCUAUGUUUGGAUGCGAACACGUUCAGCUGCUCCUUUCACAAGGUCAAGAAGUCAUCAACAGUUCGAUAGCUCACUACAAAAUGAUUCUGCAUGUUGACUCGAGAAAUGGAGCAUUGUACUGCCAAAUCUGCGAUGAUUUGGUUUGGGACCCUACCCUUGAAGAACUUCGUUUGCGUAAAAUUGGUACAGGUUCUUUCUCUGGCCGCAAAAGGAAACACGAUGAGCUUUUUACAGACUCAAUCAAGGACGACCCGAGAUACAUUUCUUCUAAUACGACUCUUGCGUCUUGUCGUGCGGAUGGCCUUCGAGGUAUAUACAAUGCAGGGGCAACAUGCUACCAGAAUGUUGUUCUGCAGAGCUUCCUACACAACCCUCUUCUACGGAACUUCUACCUCAGCGACGGGCAUCAAAGCAAUGAGUGCAACGUGCCUCACUGCUUGAGCUGUGCUAUGGAUGACAUGUUUCAGGAUUUCUAUGCACUGGAGAAUACCAAUGGGUAUACAGCUGCGAAUAUUCUGUCUGGUUUCUGGAUAUCGGAGAAGAAAGCGUUUGAAAAUCUGGUGACAACCAAAGAGCAAGACGCCCAUGAAUUUUUUCAAUUUCUGGCCGAGGAUUUGCAUGAACGCAAUGGCGACGGCAAGAAACCCGAGAUUGGAAGCGAACACAGCUUACAGUCCUUCCUGGACUUAAGUGUGGGACUCGACAGCCUUGCACAAAGAAGAAACAAGAAAUCAGGACAGAAAUCUUCCAAUUUGAGUCUAGCGGACUGUCUUGAUGAGGAAUACAUCAAGUCAGAUAAGUCGAGACGCUACACAAGCGUCAAGCGUCUACCAAAUGUGCUAUCGAUACAACUCAAGCGAUUCGAGUACAAGCAGGGGCGGCACGAUCAUGCCGCCUCCAAGGUUGAUGUGCCAGUGCACUUUCCCUUACAACUUAACAUGCUCCCAUACACAAAUCGGGUUCGUAGUCGUGACAGCCGAGAAAACAUGGAAUUGCAACGAUCAUGUGUGUACGACCUUCUCAGCGUGGUUGUUCAUGUUGGAGAGCUUGAAACGGGGCAUUAUACUUCGUACUGCCGCGUAGGCGAUCAGUGGUUCAAAUUUAACGACCAUAAGGUCGAGCUCGCAAGCCUAUCCGAUGUUCUUGGUGCCCAGGCAUAUCUUCUUUUCUAUAUCAUUCGAUCUCUGGCAUAG